AUGCUACUGCUUGUUGCUUUCCCUGCUUUGCUUGCGAGCCUCGCCCUGCAGGCUGACUUCUGUACGAAUAGUAAUACAGAGUAUCCGUACGAACCACGAAUACAUCUGUCGCGUAGGGAUGUAGUAUACGCUUCCCGAGGAAAGCCAAGGCAUGAGAGACAGAGGCAAGACAUACCACCACGAAUCCACCACAGACCGGGACAGGGUGACUUGCUCCAAGAUCGGGCUGCCGUUGAUGUUGAUCUCAGGCAAGUCCAAAGCGAGACUCGUUCGGUACACAACUAUGCAAGUCUGCAAGCCACUCACCAGCCGUUGCAACAGCUGUUCGCGGGCUACCCGAAGUCCCGUCGCUCAAGUCCAAGGUACCUGAGUCGAGCCGGAAGAGAACUGGGCGUUUUCGGUGUGGCAGGGAGCGGGUGGGAAAGGCAGAAGGGCGCCAAAUCUACCGGCGCCCCGUCGGGCCAUCAACUUGACACAAGGGCCUGUCAGGGAGUACCUGGCUCUGCUUCCCAGAGAUCUCUGAAUCGCCAACCAGACGCGCUAGGGAGAUCCAAGAGGUUCCGACAGCGCGGCAACCGUGGGGCCAUCGUCCAGCGAGCACUUCGUCCAAACUUGCCAUUCCACCCACGCCCCCCUGCACGCGCGCGCGCGCGAAUCGCUUCGUUACAACUUGCCCAUUCGACAGCAACCCCGGCAUACGUGUGGCUCCUCGUGCAUGCUGAUUGCAGUCCGCGUCAGUCAGGGACUGUCGACAAUCUCGUUCGAGUCUCGAGUCUCGGCUCGUCUGUUGUUGUCGUUGGACCUGCCAACCUGCCUGACAAACAGUGGAUGCACCCGGUACUCGAAGCCGGCAUCAAACUGCAGAAGAAUCCUAGGAUGCCCAAUGCGCUAGCAAGGACUGACGACGCCUUGGAGAAGGAGAGAGCGAUAGAGAGAUAG